ACUACAGCAUGUGUGAUAUGUGCUGCAAUAGUGAUGAUGACACUUCAAGAUUUUUAUACUUUUGCUAAAAUUAUGGAUGUUGCGCAGUGUCCAAGAUGUCUGAACAAACGUGGAGUUGUAACGUGUAAAACUUACAAGAACAAUUGUGUCAGUGUUUUCCUUAAUCGUGCCAGAACCCAAAUCCGUGAAAUUCGCGUCCCUAUGUGUACUAUCGAUAUUGUGGUCAACAGAAAGUGGGAGUCCCUUACUGACUUUCCAGUAGUGCGGGACAUUAGGGGACAUCAAUGUGCCAGUGUAUUCAAUAUGCCUACUGAAGAGUCCAAGAUGUUGGCCACCACUACAAUACCAUCCACUUCAUCAGCAAAUACACAAGGGAGGGCUUGGAUUGGGCCAGCGUCAUUGAAAAGUACAACUCAAGAUAUGCCUACUGAAGGGUCCAAGAUGUUGGCCAUCUUUACAGUGCCAUCCACUUCAUCAGCAAAUACACAAGGGAGGGCUUGGAUUGGGCCAGCGUCAUUGAAAAGUAAAACUCGAGAUAUGCCUACUGAAGAGUCCAAGAUGUUGGCCACUUCUACAAUACCAUCCACUUCAUCAGCAAGAACACAAGGGAGGGCUUGGAUUAGGCCAGCGUCAUUGAAAAGUACAACUCAAGAUAUGCCUACUGAAGAGUCCAAGAUGUUGGUCAUCUUUACAGUGCCAUCCACUUCAUCAGCAAAUACACAAGGGAGGGCUUGGAUUGGGCCAGCGUCAUUGAAAAGUAAAACUCGAGAUAUGCCUACUGAAGAGUCCAAGAUGUUGGCCACUUCUACAAUACCAUCCACUUCAUCAGCAAGAACACAAGGGAGGGCUUGGAUUGGGCCAGCGUCAUUGAAAAGUACAACUCGAGGGUUACAAUUAUCUACCGAAGAAUUUGACGUGCCUGGGACCGCAGGUGUUUUUGCCUGGGCAGUUGUCACAACACUUGCCAUUAUUCUGAUUGUGAUAAGGCAUCUUUUGCUUUCGAAAAUAAAAUGCUGCUGUAGAAGGCAAGUCAACCAUCUUCCUAGAACACCAUCACCACCUUCAACACCGUGCACUCGUGAAACUGUAGAGCAGAUAAGAAUGCAUUUAUUGCACACACCAUCUUCCAUUGCUACCACCCCCAGCAGUUUAUCGGCGUCAACCCCCAACACAGUAGUUUCAGUAACUCGACCUCUCCUUGGUGAUGAUGACGAUGAACCUAUUUCACAACGUACCAGGGCUAAAAGUGUCGCAAAGAGACUUAGCCUGUAAUUUCUUUACUAGUUUUUCAAAGGGAUGAUAUUACUACGUUUUGAACUUUUUAAUGACUGUGUAGUGUACAAGUUUUGAAAAUGAUAACAGUAAACAGUUUUAUGAAUGUGUAAUCAGUUUAAAGUUGUGCAUUUUUUAUGACAGAUUUUUUUGGAAUUGGAAAAAGCAUAAAGUUUGGGACUUUUUGAACUGUUUAAGUUCCAUUAUUUUUCCUUUUUUUACAAAACAGAUUUGUUAAUGACAUAACAAUUUGAUGACAUUUUACUUUUUUUAAUGAAUGUACAUGUAGUACAGAGCAACGGUAUUGUUUAAGGACAUUGACUCGUUAGUUUUUCCUAUGGUUGCUUUUAAUGUUUUUGUAUUUUUUAUUUUUUUUUUUAUUUUAUGCGACAGUUUGUAUUUUACUUGAAUACUGAUCAAAGGAAAAUUUAAAGUCCUGCCUUUAUUUGCUGAUUAUUAUAAUUUACAUAUGACAGUGAUCAUUUGGUUAUUUUUGGGAUGUGCAAUUGAUGUAAAAUGAUGUUUAAGUUGAUUUUAACUGAUAAAUGUGAUUUACACUUAACAUUGAUCAUUUGCUUAUUAUGAUUGUGAUGUAUAAGUUAUGACAUUAGGGUUAAUUGUUGCAGCACAUAUUUCUAUAUAAUAAUAUUUAAUAUCCAAUAGUUAUAGAGUAUUAUGCUUAAUAUUAUCUACCUGUGAUAUAAUGCUGUUAAUAACAAUGCAGGUUUUAAAUAUUUUUGAACAUUUGUUUAGCUAGAAAUUCUUUUGGUUAGCAACUGGGUUUAAAGAAUAAGUUUGCACAGUUUGAUAUUAAACAUGUUAAUGUCUAUUUAUAGAUAUUUUUGUCAAUAAGCCAGUAUAUUUCUUAACAUUGUUUUUACCUAAUGUCAUUUCUUUGAAAAUUUGUUAAGUAUUAGGAAAUACUUAAAAUUUUUGUUACAGGAUUUUUGUUAAUAAAAAAGUAUUCUUUCUA